GCUUGUUCUUCUUCCACUGGUGUGUAACAACAACACAUCACACACGCGCACACUGGAACUGCCAACGAAACACGCAAACACAAACAAACAAACCCACAAAACAAUCAGUGCAUUGUGCGUGCGUACGUGCUUAGCAGUUGCUUGCGACAUUCUUGCUCCUCCCCAUCCCAUCCCAUCCAAACCGCCCAACCGACCAACCGCCCAACCGCCCGCCCAAAACCGAAGAAGCAAAGCAAUACAUAACAACAACGGCUGGAACGGCGUGUCACCAUCGUUGACGUUGUUGCUGCAAUUGCUGACAACGGCCACUUUCCACCUGACUUUGCCAGUACACUCACCGCCCACCCACGCCAGCCGUGCCGUGACUCCUCGACGACGACAACGACGACGACGACUGCUGAUUUGGAUGUCAUUUGACUCUGCAGCCAGUGCUUGCCGGAAGAAGCCACGCAACACUUUUCACACACACCAGGUGCGUAUGUGCUCUGUGUGUGUGUGUGUCGUGUGAAUGCGUGUGUCCAUUCCUCAUUGCAUGGUGUGUCAUCAUCAUCAUCAUCAUCCUCCAUCAUCCAUCCCCUGCCACCACUGUUACGUGCAAAGCGAACCAAGCUGCAUUUUUGUCGCGCACUGCGCACUGGCCAAACAUUGAUCACACACACACACACGCACACGCACGUCUCUCCUUUUGUCGAUCACUGGUUUUCUUCCUUGCCACGCUUGCCUCACGCCGUCUCGUGCAUUUCUUUGUCAGCAGCUCCUCAACGGAAACCGCGCAAUCACGCAUCAACAAACAACCAGCAACCAGCAGCAACAAGCGAACACCAUCAGCACCAGUACCACUGAGAUCAACAGACAGCCAGAGAUGGCGUCUGAGCCGUACUCCGCAGCGGAGGUUCUUGCGGCAAACACCAUGCUGCACCUCUUCUCGCCAGGGAAGCCCGCCGUGCCCAUGUCGAAGCCCCUCCACAAACAGGCCGUCGCUCUGCUCACAAGCGGCAACGCCACGCCCCCCACAACAGCAGCGCCAAGCGCCCAGCAGGAUGGCGCCACAAGCGGCAGCAACCGCCGCUCCCGCCGCCCAAGCAUCCUCACCCACACCCACGCCCCUACCCUCAGCGACGAGGACGACAACGCCGACGACGUCUGGCACGGGGCUGAAGCAGACGACGACAACGAUAUCGACGAGCUCAGCGAGUCUGGCAGAGCCCUCAUGCAAACCCUCCUCGACAGAGUGCGCAGUGGAAGCCCUUCUUCCAACCCCAUCACUUGUGCCCGUUGCCGCACCGGCCAGGUGGACGACGACUGGCUGGUGGAGUUUUGCAGCGCCAGCUGCCACCACGAGUUUAUGGACCGCGAGGAGGAGCUGCUGUUCAACAGCAUGAACCCGGCCAUGCAGUACCCGGCCAACAAGGCCCACGAGCUCAACGGCUUCCCCGUCGCCGCAAAGAACGACGUGGACCGCGUCGCCGCGCCAACCUACCCACUCAAGCUGUACAUGCCCAAGUACCGGCCCGGCAGCGUGCUUGUCUGCAAGGCCGGCGCAGAUGGCCGCAGCACCACCGCCUGCUACACGCACAUGGUGCUCCUCGACAGCCACUGCCAGCCCCUGUACAUUGUCAGCCCGCUCAUCGCGCGCAAGCCCUUCAAGGCCAUGCUUGGCCUCACGGACGAGGGCUCCGACACGGAGGAGCGCGCCCGCCCCGCCGUCGCCGACAUUGACACAGACCUUGGCCUCUCCACCAAGCGCGCCAAGCGCGCCAUCGCCGCCGCCCGCGCCCGCGCCCACGCCCACGCGUCGGACAUCGACUCCACCUCGGACAUGGAGCUUGACCAGGACGAGGCGGAGGACGCCCAGCCCUCCUCCAGCGACGCCGCCAAGUCGCCCCCGCUCUCACCACACCAGCAGCGCCGCACCGCCGCAGCGCCGCCCACAGCCACAGCAGCUACAACAGCCACAACAGCAACAGCACCGGCUUCUUCGUCGCCCCGCAAGCAGAUGAAGCACAAGCACAAAAAACACAGGCCUGCCGCGAGCAAGGCGGGCAGCCACAGCAACGGCCCGUCUGCAACGGCCAGCCCCCAAGCGCAGCCCUCAUCGCUUGCUGUGCCCUCUUCCUCUGCUGCUGCCGGCGUGAGCAUGAGCAUGGCGCAGCCAAUGGCCAUGCACCCAGCAGCCAUGCAGCACCAGCAUCAGCAACAUCCGCUCAGCGUGGCCACCAGCGCAGGCGCUCAGCUCAACCCAUACCACAUGAACCGCAUGUACCAGCAAGACUACAUGCGGCGUGCCUGGGCCAACCAGCAGAACCCUGCACAGGGCCAGCACACCCCGACGCACACGCCACCGCAGCAACCACAGCAACCACAGCAGCCGUUUGGCCCAUACGCUGGUGGCCUCUCGCCCUUUAUUGGCCCGUCCCACCCGGCUCAGGCCUCCAUGCUGAGGGCGCACCCGCUCCACUUCUCUCAGCAGGCGUCCAUGUUCCCGCAGCACCAGCACCAGCAUCCGCAUGCGCACCACCCGUUUUUUGGCAUGAACCCGGCCACCAGCGCCACAGCCGCCGCCGGCGUCAACGCAUCCCAUGCCAGCAUGUAUCUGAGCGGCGGCGGCGGCAUGACCGUCCCAGCCGGCGCGGAGACGGAGACGGACGAAGCGCUGUCCGCGGAAGCAGAUGACGUGGAGGACGAGGCAUCCCACGCCGCAGACGCACAGCAGCCGGCCCGCAGACGCAAGCGCCGCCACCGCCGCCGCCAUCACCACCGUCACAAGGAGGAGCCCCUGGUGCAGGGCGACGAGACGGAGGAUGUGGACGAUGAUGCGGCGACAGAGGUGACAACUGCGACGCAGGAGGAUGAGGUCGACGCCGAAGACGACGAUGCCCUCAGCGCCGCCGACACGGACGAGCUUGAGCGCCAACGCACGACAAACGCGCCCAAGUGGCUUGCUUAUUACAACAAGCUGGGCAUCCACGUGCCGCGGCUCAAGUCGCGCGAGGCGCCGACGGGCGACCAUGAGCGCAUCUACUACCUGGCCGACAAGCCGCACACGAGCAAGGCCGCCGCCAAGCGCCCAAAGGUCGACAACUCCAUGACCGCCGACGCAUUUAUGAACCGCUUCCACAUCCCAGGCACAUCAAACGAAUACGACCUUGAUCGCAUGUUUGACGCGUACCAGCGCGCGUGCCCAAUUGACCUGGUCGUGCAGGGCCACAAGUACAUUGUGUGCCCUUGCGGUGAAGUCUUUGAGAACGGCCAGGCCGUUGGCGGCCACAAGGGCGCGUGCAAGACGCCACGGCUUCGUGAUCGCGACGAGCGCACUGUCGCAGCGUUCUUGAACGAGCACUACCCCGGUUACAAGCAGCAUCUUGCGUUUGCCAAGGAGACGCAGAAGCUUGUUGCCAAGUGCAAGAAGCGCUGGCCAAAGAUCCGUGGCGUGGGCCGCUCCCGCCGCAAGCCAAAGGCGGCAACCGCAAGUGCCACCACCACCACCACCACGCCCUCCGCCACGGCCGCUGCUCGCCGGGCCGCCAAGCGCGCGCACGGUACAGGCAGCAGCGCCGCCGCCACCAGUACCACCAGCGGCACCACUGCCGCCAGUUCUGCUGCGGCAUUGCACGCGCGAAAGGCGGCGCGGUCGAAGCCCAGCAGCCGUCUGCCGCAGGUGCCGCGCCAGGACUUUAUCGACGCGGUGCAGGCGCUGACGGAGAAGCCGGGAGACUUCUGGCGGUACUUCCGUCUUGGCAAGAACGAGCCACAGCCGCAGCCAGAGACGAUUGUGCUUGCGGGGUUCCAGCUGCACGAGGCGUCCAAGGCGGUGCCGGUCAAGGACGCGACGCUGCGCGCCAUCUACGAGGGCCGCUUCGGCAUGGCCCCGGAGCGCAGGCACAACAGCAGAUAUGUGCACUACCGCCCACACUCGGUGGCGGGCUUUGACAAGGCACAGCGCAAGGGCCACGCCUAAAAACCUCACCGCUUGUGAGCUGAGUCCAUUGGGUGGCCAACACACAGAGGGCCCCAACUGCCUAUCGUGUGACUUCCUUGCCCCCCCCCCAUCCAUCCAGCCAACCAUCCAUCCAACCAUCCCCUCGACCUGACGUUUACUUAUCAGCAGCCUGUACAUUCAUGGACUUGCGAAACAAUACAAAACUGUGCCUUUGUGCAUCUUGCACCUGCCCACUUUGUUCUCAUUGCCUAUUGACUGGACAGCUGUUGACUGCCGCUGCGCUGUGUGUGCAGCCUCCCUUUUUUUCUUUCUUUGUUUGUUUGUUUGUUUCUUGCUUUCUUUCUUGCUUGCUUGAUGUUGUUGGUCUUUCCUAAGUUUUGUGCCGUCAUGCCCGCCCUGGGUUUGCUUGCCUGUGUCCCUUGCUGGCAUGGGAGCAAAGCCCCGUUUGUUUUCUUGGUGGCUGCGCGCCUUGUUUAGUGUGGUGUUGUGUUGUAGUGUUGUUUGCUUUACGCCCAAUUGCCCGACCCUGACCCGCCCUACCUGCCUUACUCUUCCUACGACCUACGUGAUGCUUUUAACAGACUUGUUGACAUGAAGUGAUGUUGACCAUUCGUGUCUCUUCUUGUCUGUCACCCAUGACCCCUUUGCCUCCAAUUGCUCCUCUCUUACUUUAUUGCUUGCUUUACAUACAUGGCUGCUUUUCGGGACAUUUCACGCCAGCGCGCGUGGGUUUGCCCCCGUUGCUCGGGCCACCAAUACCAAUCAAGUUUCCAUUUUUGCGCAUCCAUUUUUCGUAUUUCUUGCUUUCAUCUAUUUCCUUACCUAACUGGCUGCCGCGUUGCUGCCGCCGCUGUUGUGCGCGUCCUGGCCUUUCAUGUUCGGUUGCCUGCCUGCCGCGCUUGCGCCUGUGUCUUGGUUGUUUUGUUGGUUCGUUUGUGGGUGCAUGACGUGUGAGUGAGCACGCACAUCAUGCACAGACGCAGCGACGACACCAACAUCGACACCGCAAGCGCGUGGCAGAUGGAAGGUCGGAACCGCGCCUUGUACAGCAUCACAGUAAACGCUGACAAAUUCAACA